AGUAGUGAAGGGAACAGAUUAUAAUCACCCCAACUACAGUCGCUGAAAUAAAAUAGAAACUACAUAUGUCUGAGGGUGCUGAAUUCUGAAAAUGGGGCACAAUUGUCAAUUUACAGUCGUGGGUACAUAUUUUGAUGUAUCUGCCUAGGUACUAUAAUACUUACUAUUUAUGUAGUCCUCUUCGUACAUACACCUCAAAGAGCUUUCCAAAGGAGGGUAUCGGAUCACAGUUUUAUAGAGGGAAGAAACUGAGGCACAAACUUAAGUGACUUUCUUAUUACACAGCAUGCUUUUGGCAGCUGUAUCAUAGAAGAACCUGGGUCUUCUGGUUCUUUGGCUUGUAUACCCACUGGAUUGUACUGCCAUAAUAUAUAGCAUGAGCACCAGACACUAUAGUAAUGGUCAAGUAUCAGAGGGGUAGCCAUGUUAGUCUGGAUCUGUAAAAGCAGCAAAGAGUCCUGUGGCACCUUCUAGACUAACAGACAUAUUGGAGCAUAGUAUUGGAUAUUCAGAAAUGACUGUGACUGUAGUAUGAGUGAAAGUGGGGCAGGUAAAAAAAACCUCCCUGAAAGGCUUCCUCAAGAGCUUUUUAUUUUAUUUUAUUACCAGUGAAGCUAUUUCUUUCAACAAGUGGUGUCUUGUCUUCAUUUCAGUUAUGAAUAGGGUUGCUCCACAGAGGGAUAACAUCUCAUAAAUGGAAUCAAAGUAAACUGCAAGGUUAGGAAAGAAUUGUGGAGUGCAUGCUCUUAGAAAACUUCCCAAAUGAAGUCUAUGAGACCUGAGACAAUGGAGACAUUGCCUGAACUCUAUGACGUCUUCCAAGGAGAGGUUGCUGCUGUAACAGAAUAUGGGGCCUUUAUAAAAAUUCCAGGCUGCAGGAAACAAGGCCUUGUCCAUAGAACCCACAUGUCAGCCUGUCGGGUGGACAAACCCUCGGAGAUGGUAGAUGUUGGAGACAAAGUAUGGGUGAAGCUUAUUGGAAGAGAGAUGAAAGAUGGCAAGUUGAAGCUGUCUCUUUCCAUGAAGGUCGUCAACCAAGGAACAGGAAAGGACCUUGAUCCAAACAAUGUUGCCCUUGAUCAGGAUGAGCGGAAGAAACGUUCAUUCAGAGACUACACUAGUCAGAAGAUUACCCUGGAAGCUGUCUUGAACACUGUCUGCAAAAAAUGUGGUUGCAAAGGUCAUUUUGCCAAAGAAUGUUUCGUGCAGCCUGGGGGAAUCAAGUAUAGUCUGAUACCGGAGGAGGAGGAGACAGCAGAAUAUGAAGAUGAUAAAAAGUCCAGCCAUGCUGAGAAUUCUUCAAAGAAAAAAAAAAGGAAAAGAAGAAGAAAAAGAAACACAAGAGCAAGAAGUCAUCAGAGUCCGACAAUUCAGACAGCUCCGACUCGGACAGUGAUGGGGCUCAGCCAGCCAGCAAGAGGGCCAAGCAUUCGGAGAAAGCCAGUAAGCCUCAGAAGAAGAAGAAGAAAAAGAAGCACAAGAAAAAGCACAAGGAAUGAGGAGGAGAGGAGCUUGAAAGGGGCACUGGUGUUGUCAACUCCCUGCCUGCCUGCUCUAGCCUUCUAGAGUAAACCACCUGGAGAGCGUAGAGUUAAAUCACUACACGCUUGUUUGAGGGAUGAAGAACUUCCUUCUAAAAGCAGCAUUCAGCCAUUGAUGUUAAAGAUGUUGACUUUGAAAUUAAUUAUCCACUAUAAAGUUACACAGGCUGCCAUUCUCCUGCUGAGAGCCCAGUGGUUGUACCUGCCAAAAUAGAUUCAUUACUCCUCUUCAUCAGUGACUCUCCCAUCCUGUAAAGCUUCAGGUUCCUCUGAGUGAGCUGCCAGGGCUGCAGUGAGUUCCUUUGAAACAGCAAGGAGUGUGCAGGACAGCAGCAGCGUAUCCAGUGCCUGUCAAAGGGUGACAGCUGUGCCACUUUUGGUCCCUGCCAACCAGUCCCUGCAAAACAUUAGAGGGAGCCACUCCCACACCCUGUCAGCUAAUUGUCUAGUCAUGGGCACUGCCUCCCUGCUGAUUGUUACAGUUAUCACCCCUCUGCAUCUCAGUCCUGCCCUAUGGACUGUUUUUGUAUCAGUGUAACUCUGUGGCUAGGGGUGUGAUUUUUGUUACCAAUAGAGUUAUACUGGUACAACUCCUAGUGUGAACUCAGUUAUGCUGGUAUAAAUGUCCUUAUCAUAGGCACCAACUGCAUGGGUGCUCUGGGGCUGGAGCACCCAUGGAAAAAAAAAGUGGCUGCUCAGCACCCAUGGGGAAAAAAAAUAGUGGGUGCUCAACCCCCACCAGCAGUCCCACAGAUCAGCUCCUCCCCCAGCGCCUCCCAACCGCCCUAAUCAGCUGUUCAGUGAUAUGCAGGAGGUGCUAGGGGAGAGAGGGUGGGAAGAGGCGGGGUGGAGUGGGGGCAGGGCCUGGGGCGGAGCGGGGGUCCAGCACUCCCAGGGAAUCUCAAAGUUGGCGCCUCUGAUGCAGCUUAUUCCCCUGCCAUAUGGGAAUGGCUGUACCAGUAUAAGUCAUCUUUAUACGAACGUACAUCCACUGUAGGGGGAUUGUGUUGUUGUAACUACACUGGGAUAAUAAAAGCAGAACCAUUUUUGUGUGUAGACAACCCCUCAAUCUUUCCAUUCUGCCUGUUAGCAGUGGAAGAGGGUUGGUAACAAAUCAGCUAAAUUAUGUUAUGGAGACACUCAAGAUAAACAUUAGCUUUGUCAGUAUUGCUAGCUGUGUAAAUUCUGAAAAAUAAACCUCUGAAAUGCUAAAUUA